CCUGGGGCCCCUUCAAUUUAGGGUUCCUUAGGUAAGCGCCCCGACUGUACUCUGCCGUGGAGAGAUUGCCGCGCUCUCCCGCAACGGCCGACCUCGGCACCCUCCCCCAUGCCGAUGGAGAAGCCGGCCGAUGCCUCGGCCGGCGCCCGCCCGUGCACUUCGACGCGCUGCGGUGCUUCUUCACCUCCGCGGAGGACGAGGAGGGCGGCAACACGCACGCGGGCUUCUUCCAGUCCUGGGCACGGAGCGCGGCCGCCGCCGAGGCGGGGUAGCCGCUUGGCGCGCAGGCCACCGCCGAGGCGUCGGCUCGUUGAUGAGGCCACCGACGUUGGCACCGGGCUCUGCGUCGGGGUCUGCGUCGGGCCGGCGCUGGACAAGGGAGGCUUGCUUUACUGCUCGCCGAUCAACUCCGUGACGCCGCAUUGGCCCCGGUUUUUGUCCCGGCCGCCGCUGCUGCGCCCACCUCUCGAUUUUUUAUUUUUUUUUGUCCUCGAAGCUGGACCGCCGCACAGUGCCACAGAGUGAGA